AUGGGUUCUCUGCAAGGACCAGUUGUGUGUCCCUCUGUUCAUCCUAAAGUUGGAGGGUUUUGCAGCCUUUCUCUGAUUGGGCCAAUGAAUGUAAGAUGUGUUAGAACUGAGUUUUGGGGACUCAAGGAACUUAAGAGGGGGUUUCUUUCAUGUCAAGUAAAAAUACGGAAGAGCGAGACUAAAGUGUGUUGUAGUUUAGAUUCAUCGUCGAAUGGUGGCGGAAGCAUGUCAGAUAGUUUCGAUGAAAAUGAUAAAGAUUAUGUUAAUUCAAGUGUGAUUGAAGCUGUUGAGGUGAAAAGUGGCGCAGAUGGUUUCAUAAUCAAAAUGAGGAAUGGAAGACACUUGAGAUGUGCUCACAACAAUCCUCAGGGGAGUCAUCUUCCAGAUUAUUCACCACACCCCGCUAUUGUUUUGAAGAUGGAAGAUGGGACUGGUCUACUUCUCCCUAUAAUUGUUUUGGAGAUGCCAAGUGUCUUACUAAUGGCGGCAAUUCGCAAUGUUCCAAUUGCUAGGCCUACUUUAUACCAAGCAGUAAUGGAGAUGAUUGACAAAAUGGGUUACCAAGUUAGACUUGUCAGGGUGACUAGGAGAGUCGAUGAGGCAUAUUUUGCACAGUUGUAUCUUACUAAGGUUGGAAAUGAGGCAGAAUGUAAAAGUUUUGAUCUUCGACCUUCAGAUGCUAUCAAUAUCGCAGUUAGAUGCAAGGUGCCAAUACAAGUCAACAAGGGCUUGGUGUACAGUGAUGGAAUGAAAGUAAUUGAAUCAGGCAAACUGUCAAUACAGAUACCUAGUUUUGAUGGCCGGUUACUAACUGAAAUGGAUAAGCCAAAUGGUCAGCCUUGUGCUGAAACCGACGAAUUCAAUCUUUUGAACAACAUGAUGAAAGCUGUUGUUGAAGAGCGCUACGAUGAUGCCGCAUUGUGGAGGGACAAACUUAAUCAACACAGGGCUGGUAAAAACAUAAAGAAAAGGUCCUGA